AACUCAGAGAAGGGCAAACUUAGGCAAAAGUGAAUCAGAAAGCCUGAGAUUUACAUACAGAUUCUGUUGCUUGUCGGAAUUUUAGUACCAACCACACUUUCACUCGAAUGUGGCUGCAGAGAAGAGUGAUCAUAAACCAUUUCUGAUUGCGCUGCGGAAAAGAAAAACUGUUCUCCAUUUAUCAACUUCAGGCUUCGUUGUGUCUAGAGAGGAUGCAGUCUACUGUGGUUCGCAGUGGAUUUUUGUUCUUCAGGUUUAGCAUACACGAGAAAAAACCUCCCAAUAAGAAUUAUGUCGUGCUCAGCAAAGGGAAGCAGCAAGAUCGCCCCUGCCUGCUUGUCUACGGGGAUGCCAGGCAGUACAUAGCGAAGAACUGCAUGUACAUGAUCCUGGACCUGGACGUGAAGGAGGCGGUGCAGUGGCAAGGGAAGGCGGCGUGGGAACUCCACUCCCUCAAGAUUGUUACCAUCGAAGGCACGUGCGUGUUUUCACUUGGCGACAAAGAGGAGCUGGACGCGUGGCUCAGGUGAGUUUACAUGAG